AUGGGGGAUAGAUACAAUCGCUUCAACCCACAAAAAUUUCGCCAGAAAAACAUGUUCUUGCCGAUGCUCUGUUCUAAGCCGGCGAUCAAAGACGGCCGGCCGCCCAGAUGCGAUGGAGCUCGUACAGAGUCCUUUUCCGGCGACCCUUUAUCGCCGAGAAUCGGAUGUAUGGGUCAAGUUAAGCGGAAUAACAGAGUUGCAGGUCUUCCGAUUUCUCACAGGAUUUUGAUUUCAACCAAGAACGCCGUUCUCAGCAAUAAAAAUGGCAGCAACGCCAAUGUAGGUUACUUCAAGCUGAAGAAAUUUUUCUCCAGCAAAAAUCUCUUGGUUUCCCCCUCCACCACCGGAACCAGCAUCACCAGGUCUACCGUUGCCGCCGCAUCGAUAUCUACGGCGGGUGUCAACUGUUGUGGGAGCAGAAGAAGACCGGCCUUAAAUGCUGCAAUUUCGGGUAAGAAAUGUGUUUCUGAAAACGGGAAUUGUGAUUUCUUUAGCGUUGUGGAUUUGGAUCCGCCGUUGCCGGUGAUCCGGCGAGUGCAGAAGGCAGGAGAAGAAAGAGGGGAAAUGGAGAAUCUUUGGAAGAGGAGGUCAGGUGGCAUUGUAUUACAGAGCUUACAGAUUCAACAAACCCAUCUACCAAAGCAUCGGCUUCAGAUUACGAGUGUUUGA